AUGAUUAGUGGAGGCACCCGUCUAAGACCCCAGGAAGAUUCUUUCGACAUGCCUCUUGACAUGGUUGUUGGUACUCCUGGAAGGAUUCUUGAUCAUAUCAAGGAUGGUAACAUGGUUUACGGUGAUAUUAAGUAUCUAGUUCUGGAUGAAGCAGAUACAAUGUUUGAUCAAGGCUUUGGACCAGACAUACGGAAGUUCCUUGCUCCAUUGAAGAAUCGUGCUGCAAAGCCUGGCGAUCAGGGGUUCCAUACUAUAUUAGUUACUGCUACCAUGACGAAGGCUGUACAAAAGCUGAUUGAUGAGGAAUUUGAAGGUAUUGUCCAGUUGCAGACAUCAACAUUUCAAAAGAGAGUUGCAACAGUACGGCAUGACUUUAUCAAGCUUUCUGGUGCAGAAAACAAACUUGAGGCUCUCUUUGCAGGUUAUGGAAACUCAUAUCUCUCCUUCCCUGUUGUGCACACGCACAUCUUUCGAUACAAGAUAGUUUUGAAUGGGACCGUUUUCUAA